CUCCCAGGCCUGCUGUGAGGCUGCUCUGCAGGGAGGGAGGGACCGCUGGCUGCAGCCGGUCCCCAGUGUUUCUCAGGGAUGUGACAGGCCGAGGAGGGACCCUCGAGAGCCUGUUUACAGAGGCAGGGCUUGGGGCUACCGAUUGCCCGUGACCACUCCAGUGUCCGCUCCUGCUUGCCGCGCCAGCUCACCAAGCCACAGCAUGUCCCCGGGCCCAGCUCCUCCACGGCGAGCAGGGCGGGUCCUGCCUGAGCGCAGGUGUGUGAGUCGGCGGGCAUGGUGACAGGACCACACACAGCGCCUGUACACUAGGGCAGGCCGGCGGGGGGACAGCACCGGAGGCCUCUUCCUGGGGAGAGGCGCCAUUCGGGGGUGUCUCCAGCUCUGCCCAUGGCGGGCCACGCCUCUGCUCAGGCGGCCCGCAGGCCUGACGACCACCCCACCCAUAAAGCUGUCCUGUUUACCACAGUGUGCGUCUUCUCACUCGGCUCCCAGCGACUGGCGGUGGGCCCAGCCCACUGCCCGCUCUCGCCCAGGCUGCCAGGGCUGGCUGGCAGAGACGUCCUGAGAUGCCAGCCUCGAGGCACGCAGCCUUUGCUGGGGGCGGCAACAGUGCUCUCCAGGACCCCCAGCUCAGCCAGCAGGUGCCCUGUGAUGUCCAGCGGGGUCAGCACAGCCAGGGCCAGGACGCUGUGCAUGCUGCCUGCGUCUCUCGGGCCCCUGCCCCCACCGCUGCCUGCAGCUCCCAGCCCCCGCCCACCACAGCCACUGUUGCCAUGAGAACCCUCCAGGGUGGUGGAGAGAGGGUGGAGAGGGAGCCCGUGCUGUGGGGGUGGCUGUGGGUACUGCGCAGGUGCCCUGGGCCAGACACCCAGCUGAUGGCAUAGGUGCCUGUGAGGGGAGGGUCACACAGCGAGGUCGCCUGCGACAGCCGGCAGUGACGGGGCUCCAGUGGGCCUGGGCACAGGAUGGGACCCAGGACCAUCCCAUCCCUAGCCAGCACUCAGGCUCAGCACCUGAGGAGGGGACAGGCAGGCGGAGGGAGGCUGCCACCACGCCGCCUAGGAGUGACAGCCCCAGGCCCACAAGGCCAUGGUAGGCACAGGAGGGGUGCACGGGGGGCUUCAGCUCUUGGGGCUGCACAGGCCAUCUGGCCGCAAAUACCGGGCAGCCUCAGGUUUCCUGUGCCAGAGCGGAUAGGGCCUGCAGAGAGGCUGCAGGGGCAGGAGUGGCCCAUCUGCUCCGGCCUGGGGCUGUUGGCCAGGCUGCUGGCUGCUCGGGCAAGGUGUCCUGGAGGGGCAGUGGCAUGGCCUCCUUUUUAGACCCCCAUGCCUGUGUCCAGCGGAUGUAUCGAAGCAUCAUCCUGUCCUCUGCCUGGCCCCAGGUCCAAGGCAGUAGGAACCCAGCUCCUCUGCGCAGCCUCACCGGGUGCGGCCCCUUUAAGUGUGGUCCCUUCAGCUGCCACUGGUGGCAGCACUGAGCAGCCAGGCCCGCUCGGCCCGCUGCCUGGAAGCUUCUGCCGGUACCGGAGAUGCAGCCGUGCUGGGGACACAGCAGAGCCGGGACGGUGGGUGCGCAGCCCACCAGGGUCGAGGCAGCGAAGCAGAGCCCAGGGCCUGUUCCAGAGGAGCUCUCCCCCUAAGCCUGCCCAGGACUCACUGGUGAGGGGAGCAGAGGCCCGCCUGCGCUCCAUCCCUGGAAGAGGAGGGGACAGAGUCUGGCAUCUGGACGCCGGUUCCUCCUGCAGGUGCUUCCGGAGCAGGCAUGGAGCGAGCAGUCUCCCCCGAGGCCAGCAGCCGGGGCUGUGCCGCAGCUGGCUGCACCCCGGGGCAAAAACCCCGCAAGGCCGAGUGAGCGGGAGCCGCCAGCCUGGGGACCUCUUUUAAGAUGACCCGCACGGACCCGCCGGACCUGCU